CAAUACCAGAAGAAUUAUCAGACUUUUAUUCUACCCUUCUUGGUGGAUGUAACCAAAAACGAAAGACUGGCCAAAAAUGUUCUCGUCUAGUUCGUUCUUAUUGUCAAGAUGUUAUUUUCGGAGUUCAUGAUGGUCGAGUUAAAACGUCGAAGCAUAUCAUGUUAGGUAUGACUCUAAAAAGCUUAACAAGCAGCAGAAAAAUAAUUGACAUUAUAAACAGAUAUGGACACUGCAUUAGUUAUCAAGGCGUUGAAGAAUUAGAAACUGAAACUACAUUUACAUCAAUGAAAAAGUCUAGCUUAUGUCCAGAAAAAAUUAAAAAAAAACCAGAGCUUUUUACUGGUGUGGCAUACGAUAAUUUUGAUCGUUUCGUUGAAACUUCUAGUGGUAAGGAUACUUUACACGACACAGUCGGAAUAAUAUACCAGAAUAUCGAUGCAGAUACAACUGACGAGCCUGAGAUGUCCGAAGUUUCAAGUGAAAAUACUUCGCCAAAUAAAAAAAGAAGAAGAAGAACAUUUGAUGAAAUAAAUAUAGAUGAAAUGCCAUACCCUAAGAAACCCAAAAUGACGAGUGAGUUACAAUUAUCAGUUGAUGAUAUAGAAUGUAUGAACUCUCAAAUAAACACGGAAAUUGACAACAUAUGGAUGAUUAGUCACGCUUUAGAAUUACCUGACGUACCUAUGUGGGUUGGUUUCAAUAGUCGGAUUGAUGAUCAAGAUAGUCCACAACAACAUAUAUCUUACUUGACGCCGAUAAAUGCAUCUCCAACCAGUACAUCAAUCGUAUUAGAAACUAUGAAACAAAGCCAAAAAAUAGCUGAAGAUUUACAGCAACCCUACAUACAGGUAACCUACGAUCUAGCUAUAGCUAAAGUAGCGUUACAAAUACAAGCUACAGAAAAUCCAACAUUUGAUAAUUUAUUCAUUCAUUUAGGACCAUUUCAUAUAAUGAUGGCUUACUUCAAAGCUAUCGGUAAAGUAAUUAGUGAUUGUGGGUUGACUACGGUAAUGGUUGAGAGUAGUUUGCUGGCAAACGGUUCAGUUAAUGGGUUUUUAGAUGGAAAACACUUUAAUCGCUGCAAAAGAUUGCAUCCUUUAGUAGCAUUAGGACUAGAAAUACUACAUUUUAAGUCAUUUUUACAAAAUGAUAACAUUACUUUAACUGAGGAUAUAAUAGAUGAAGUUAAGAGACUCCAAAAUUGUAAAAUUUCUUUGUUUGAAAUUGAAAAUGAUGGCCUUAAAGAGCUGAUGAAUAACUACGGUAUCUACAAACAACAAACCCUUAACGGGGAGCAUGGUAAAACGUCACAAUUUUAUCUAAUAUAUAUAAACCUUAUACAUCAUUACUUGGACUUAUCUCGAAGUAUUCGUACUGGAAAUUUUCAACUCUUUAAAUCAGUGUUACCUAAAAUUACAAGCAUUUUUUUUGUAUUGAAUCAACAAAACUAUGCUAGGUGGAGCGUCAAAUAUUAUGAUAGUCUACUGAGAGUUGAUAAAACUCAUCCUGAUUUGUAUGAAGGAUUCCUAAAAGGCUGUUUUGGAAUUAAAAGAACUACCAAGCCAUUUUCGAGACAACCUAUUGACCUGGUUCUAGAGCAAACUAUAAAUGCAGAAGCUGCAAGAAGGCUGACAGGUGUUAUACACUUCACUAACUCAAUUUCGGCGCGACAACGGUGGGCUCGAAACCAUGAUGUAAGAUCUACAAUUAUAAGUCAAGUUUAUCUUGAACUUGGACUACAAAAACAUCAAGAUAUUUCAACAGAUUUGAAUCCCCAUAAUAUCAGGAAAAACGCCAAACAACUACAACAAUUUGUCGCAACUUUCGAUCAAUUUAUCAAUCCUUUUAGUUUAGAAGUUCCCAAAGACCAAUUAGUAAAUAUUUCAUCAGGAAAGUCCGCAUCACUGCCAGUAGAAGAAUUUCUAUUAAAUUUAGAAGCUAAUGGCGAUAGCCUCCGAAGAACAUUCAUUUCUGAAUGCCAAUCUGAUAUUACGCGAUUUGAAAAAGCUAUUAAAAAAACAUCUAUUAAUAAUUUUUCUAAAGAUUAUGAAAAAAAAAAAAUUAAAGUCGGUGGAAAAAUUCAAGAAGUUAAAAUUCAAAGGGAUUUAUUUGGACGUAUGCUGGGAAUCUCAAUGGAUUACAGCAUUGACAUUUCAAAAAUCUUAUCCUACCCGAUUACUUCAGUACCAUUGUCAAUGUGUCAUUUGGAUGGGACCAUUUGCAAGACCGAUAAAUCUGCUUUGAUGAAAUGUUUAGAGAAAGAGGUCGAGCAUGAAGAGCCAUCUCAAAUUGAUAUUCUAAUAAUUGACGGUUUCUUUUUGUUACAUACUAUGAAAAAUGUUCCUAGAAAAUUUGGAGGCAUUUCUAAAAAAAUGUUGCAGAUGGUAACUCAAUUAAAAGCGUCAAGAAUUGAUGUCAUUUUCGACCAGUAUUUUACCCCAUCGAUAAAAGGAUACGAACGUUCUAUGCGAUUUGAAUCUGCACAAUUGGAGUAUACUAUUGCUGGGCCUGAACAAGUCCGUCCUAGUGACUUUGUCAAAGAAUUAAAAAAUUCUAAUUUCAAAGAAGCUCUAGUUGAUUUUUUUAUUUUACACUGGGCUUCUGACGAAAUGGCGCCGUUUAUUGGCAAUAAAAUAAUACAUAUAAAUUUCAGAAAAUGUCAUUCGUUUACUGUUAAUGAGGCCAACAAAGUGAUGUCAAGUAUAAAUGAGGAAUUGUCUUGCCCAGAGCAUGAAGAAGCAGACAACAAAAUAGUGUACCACGCGUGUAAAAUUAACUACGAAGCAAAUAUUGUGAUUCGAACUGUUGACACCGAUGUUGCUGCUAUAAUGCUAAGUCAUAUGCAUCGUCUUAAUGAUGGAUCACAUGUUUGGAUGCUUACAGGAGCUGGAAAUAAUUUAAGAUAUGUGGACCUAACUAAAAUACACGCCAAAUUAGGAGAAUCUAUUUGCAGAAGCUUACCUGGACUACACGCUUUCACAGGAUGUGAUUACAAUCCUGCAUUUUACAGAAAAGCAAAAUUGAAACCGUAUAAAUUGUUAAAAAAAUAUGUAGAAUUUCAACUAGCAUUCAUGAAGUUUGGUGACAGCAAAAUCAUCGAAAAUAACAAUGAACAAGUAUUAAUCUUCGAUAUAAUUCAAAGUUUUAUAUGCUAUCUAUACAAUAUGAAUGAUAUCAACGAUGUUGAUGCUGCUAGGCUACAAAUGUUUAUUAAUUCGUAUACAGUAUCUGAUGUGAACGAAGCUUUUAAUCGAAAAAAGUUGCAAAAUUUCGAUGCUAGCUGUUUACCACCUUGCAAAAGUGAGCUAUUGCAGCAAUUUUUGCGAGCGAAUUACAUAUGUAGCAUAUGGAACAACGCUCACUUACAAAAGCCAACAGCAUAUAAACCAGUAAAUAAUGGUUGGAUACUGGAAAAUGACCACUACUAUUUCAAAUGGUUUGAAGGAGAUCAAUUACCGAAUUAUGUCAGCGAAUCUCUAAAAACAGUUCCAGAAAACAAUGAAGAAGGCGAUAUUGAAGACGAUCAAUCCACAGAAUGGAAUAAUAGUGACGAGGAAUAUGGAUGUAUUGACGACGACGAUGAAAAUGAUGAAAAUGUUUAAAGAUUUAAUCAAAAUAGAUGUAUUUCCCUGUAACUUUUUUAUUUAAAAAAAAAUUUGCCCUUUGAUAUAAUAAACAAUAAAAUUUGAUUUACUUUAAUUCAUUGACUUUACAAUUUUGAUAGAAUUGAAAAUAAUAAACUUUCGUAAAAAUGAAAAAUAAUAUAAAUAAAAUUAUUACAGUUUCGAUAUGAUUGAAGUUGUAUUAGAACAAUUUUACUGAGUAUUGUUUUAAAUAUUUGUUAUUCAAACUGUAAAAAUUUAUUUAAUGAAAUUUCUUGAUUAAAAAAAAAAUAAACUGCACAAUUUGAACUUAAUAACAGUGGAUGCGCAGUGAAGGGCCGCAAUAGACCAAGCGCUCUGUCUCACUCGCACUAGUUACUGUAUACGCUUCUUGCUCUCCGAACUACUGCUCACUUUGAAUGCGUCUGGCAAGAUGAUAGAACCGUCGAAACUGUCCGGCUAUUAUGUAAACAUAGAUUAAUAGGCCCCCAAAACAUUAUAUAUAAAAUUUAGGUUUUAUAAUAUAACGUAAGUAUAAUUAUAAAUUAUAACAGUUUAAGGGUGUCCGGCAGAGGGUUGCAACCAUACCAACUGUCUGGCAAUGAGCAACGCGAGU